AUGAUCGAAGCAGCCGUGAUAUCAUACCCAAGGUUUUUGUUUGACGAUCGAAGGAAUGGUCGAUUGUAUGAUCGAAGGAGCCGUGAUAUCGUUCCAAGGGCUUUUGGCGAUGUGUUCGAUCGAUGGCACAGGAAUGCUGUGAUAUCGUACCCAAGGGUUUCGAGUGGUGGGUCAAUCGGAGGCGCAGAGGUCGAGCAGAAGCUUUCAGAAGCCGACGAAGCCUGUGAUGUCGUGCUCAAGGGUUUCGGGCGACGAAGUCGAUCGACAGCGCAGAGAGAUGCUCCCCGGGCAGGGGCACGUCCGCACCGGCACACCUCGCCCACAAGCCGAAAGGAGGCUAAGGAUCGAAGAAGGGGUCCCGCUCCCCACUGUGUGGCUGGGGCAGCCAACCUUCGAAAGGGGCAGCCUCUGUUGUCCAAGUUAGCGAAGAAACGCAGGCGACAAUGGGCUGCUCCAGGAAUGAUACUUACUGCGGCUGACCCAAUCGAAGGCUUUGCCCCAGAAGCUCCAGCCUGUCAAGGCAACUCCACCCAAGAGCAGAGCAUCCAGGGCCUUUUGCAAGGCCCAUUUUUUCACCUCACGAAGAGGCGAGAUGGUGCUCUCAGGCUUCGAAGCCUCAACAGGCCGAAAUUGACCAGUGGGGAGGGCCCUUGUCCUUCUCGUCACCGGGGUCCUCCGAUACGCCCUGUGGGGUCGAUGGUAUGCGCGGAUAUUGGCACUAUUGAGCGGACACAUGUCAGCAAUCACCGAGGCAAGGAGCUGAGGAGAAAUGGGUUCAAGAAGAAAUAG